AUGACCUACACCAUCAUCGUCCAUCUCCGCGCAUCUUCGCUCGAGAAUGCUGAAAAGCUGAGGGAGAAGCUCAUCGAGGCGGCUUCUGUCUAUCGUAAGGACAAGGAGACGAUGGCGUGGCUGGUACACCAGGACCCGAAGGAACCUACCAAGUUCGCGAUCGUCGAGAGGUUCGAGAAUGAAGCGAGCCAAACGUACCAUCUCGAAAACCCUUACUGGAAGACCUUUGAUCCCUAUGUAAUCCCGCUCCUCGCUGAGCCGAUGAACCUGACGAGGUGGGAGGAGUUGCCCGUCCCUGUCAAGAACCAGGACUCUGCUGCGUAA